UUUGUUUUUUUUUUUUAAGAAAAAGAUAAAAGUACUAGCAAUGUCGGUGAAAAAUUGUAUGUCGAUUCAAUGUUGCAAAAUCUUGUUCAAGUUUCUACUGUUUAUGAUUAUUAUCAUCAGUAGCGUGUUUAUCGAUGUAAGAGCUAAAAGAGAAAAUGAAGGUUGGGAAUGGGGUUUAGGUCCUCUGAUUAAAAGAGCAGAAAGAAAAACAGUUAUUUCAACUGAAAAUGGUGAAGUCUCAUCAGUCACAGUAGCUGAUGGAACAACCUAUCAUCUUCAAUUCAUCACAUUGGAACCCAACUCCCUCUUCCUUCCCGUUGUUCUACAUACAGAUAUGGUUUUUUAUGUUCACACUGGGUCGGGGAAGCUAACUUGGAUGAAUGAAAAUGAAGAGAAAUCAGUGGAUUUAAGAAUAGGAGAUGUAUUCAGGCUGCCUUUUGGAUCUAUUUUCUUCUUAGAGAGUGACUUAGACCCUAUCAGACACAAACUUAGACUUUAUUCCAUUUUUCCCAAUUCAGGCCGAGAAUCACUGAGUGAGCCCUACUCCAGCAUCCGUAAAAUGGUUCUUGGAUUCGACAAGAAAGUCCUCCAAGCGGCAUUUCAUGUACCAGAGGAUGUGAUAGAAGAAGUGUUGGCUGGAACAGAAGUACCAGCCAUAGUGCACGGUGUGCCAAAGUCAACUAAGAAGAAGAAGAACUUAUGGGAGAUGGAGGCUCAGUUCAUGAAGACUGUUUUAGGAAGGGGUAGUUAUAGUUUCUUUGACAACCGAAGGAAUAAAAAGAAGAGUUCUCAAUUGUUCAAUGUAUUCCAAGAGAAACCAGAUUUUGAGAAUUGCAACGGGUGGAGCACGGUAAUAAACAGGAAGAAAUUGCCGGCGUUAAAGGGCUCGCAAAUUGGUAUUUACGUAGUGAACUUAACGAAAGGAUCAAUGAUGGGGCCACAUUGGAAUCCAAUGGCUACUGAAAUUGGAAUAGCAAUUCAAGGAGAAGGAAUGGUGAGGGUAGUUUGCUCAAAGAGUGGAACAGGGUGUAAAAACAUGAGGUUUAAAGUGGAAGAAGGGGAUGUAUUUGUUGUGCCAAGGUUUGAUCCUAUGGCUCAAAUGGCAUUCAAUAACAAUUCAUUUGUGUUUGUGGGGUUUAGCACAACUACAAAGAAACAUCAUCCUCAGUACUUAACGGGGAAGGCAUCGGUCCUCCGAACAUUGGAUAGGCAGAUAUUGGAAGCAUCUUUCAAUGUGGGCAACACAACAAUGCAUCAGAUUCUUGAAGCACAGGGUGAUUCAGUUAUACUGGAGUGUACAUCUUGUGCUGAGGAAGAGAAGAGGUUGAUGGAGGAAGAAAUGAGGAAGGAGGAGGAGGAAGCGAAGAAGAAAGAGGAGGCAAGAAAGGCUGAAGAAGAGAGAAGAGAGAAAGAAGCAGAGGAAGAAAGGAAGAGACAAGAGGAAGAAGCAAGGAAAAGGGAGGAAGAGGAAAUAAGGAGGAGACAGGAAGAAGAGGAAGCUAGGAGAAGACAAGAGGAAGAGGAAGAGGAAAGAGAGAGACAGGAAGCUAGAAAGAAACAAGAAGAGGAAGAAGCAGCACAAAGAGAGGCAGAGCAAGCAAGGAGAGAAGAGGAAGAAGCAGAAAAAAGAAGGCAGGAGGAGGAAGAAUCAAGGAGAGAGGAGAAAGCAAGAAGAAGGCAACAGGAGGAAGCAAGGAGGAGAGAGGAGGAAGAAGCAGCAAAAAGGCAACAUGAGGAAGAAGCAGAGAGAGAGGCAGAGGAAGCAAGAAGGAUAGAGGAGGAAGAAGCACAAAGAGAGGCAGAAGAAGCAAGGAGAAUACAACAGGAGGAAGAAGCAGAGAGAGCAAGGAGAAGAGAAGAAGAAGCAGAAACAAGAAGGAAGGAGGAGGAGGAGGAAGAAUCAAGGAGACAAGAGGAGGAAUCAAGGAGGAGUGAAGAAGAGGCAGCAAGAGAGGCAGAGAGGGAAAGGCAAGAGGAAGCUGAAAGACAAGAAGAAGCUAGGAGACGGGAGGAAGAAACAGAAGAGAGGCAUCAACAAGAAGAAACCGAGGAAGAGGAGCCAGGCCAACCUGAAAUGAACGGAUAUUCCUCAAACUAGCCUAUGAGUGUGUUGUGUAACUAGUGUACUCAGCAAGUUCUCAGGAGCUGAAUAGUCUCUACGUUUUUGUAUAAUCUCAUGUGUGUGUACGUCUUUUCAUUUACUUUUGCUGUCAUAUUUAUGAGUUUAUGUAAUAACACCGAAACAAGUUUUCAUAGAUCACUUUUCCCUGGCAAGUCUCCAGCAAUGUAGCAGAAGGUGUUAGGAUGUUA